UCUGACCACAAAAUUCACAAAGAGGAUGAUAACAUUACCACCAAGAAACCAAACACAGCCCAACACCAACAAAAAUUUCACGAUGACCAAAUUUCAUGUGGUUUUCAUCUCAACCCCUGGCAUCGGAAACCUAGUCCCACUCGUCGAGUUCGCUCAGCUCCUAGGCAAUCAUGACCGUCGGUUCCACGCCACCAUCCUCAUCAUCAACAUGUCCCAACGGCCCAUUGUCAAAACCUACAUCCAAUCUCGCGCUGCCACGUGCACGAACAUCAGCUUCCUCCACCUGCCUGCGGUGGACCCGCCCUCCCCUGAUCAGUACCGGUCCUCGAUGGGCUACAUAUCCCUGCUCAUACAAAACCACAAAACCCACGUGAAGAAUGCCCUCACCAACCUCGUGUCGCCCGAGUCAGACGAGUUUAACCCGGGCCGAGUUGCUGGGCUAUUCGUGGACAUGUUUUGUACAUCCAUGAUUGAUGUUGCUAACGAGCUUGACAUUCCUUGUUACCUCUUUUUCGCUUCCCCAGCAACAUUUCUCAGCUUCAUGCUUCACCUUCCUACCUUGGAUGCCCAAAUCCCCACUGAGUUUGGUGACUCGGACACCGAGUUGAGCAUACCGGGUUUCGCUAACUCGGUGCCCCCACUCGUUUUGCCUACAGCGGUGCUGAAUAAGAAGGGGGAUGCGUACUAUUGGUAUUUAUCCCAUGCACGAAGGUACACCGAAACAAAAGGUAUUGUCGUGAAUACGUUUGAGGAAUUGGAGCCACAUGCUCUUAGUUCAUUGGCUAUGAGUCCGAUGCCGCGGGUUUACCCGAUUGGGCCAGUUCUUGAUCUUAACGGGCCGGCCCAAUGGCAUGACCCAACCCGGUAUGAAAUAGUCAUGAGAUGGCUCGAUGACCAGCCCACAUCAUCGGUCGUGUUGUUAAGCUUUGGAAGCAUGGGGAGUCUUAGCGGGCCCCAAGUGAGGGAAAUAGCGUUCGGGCUUGAACGGGCCGGGUUUCGAUUCAUAUGGGCCUUGCGUGACCCGCCCAAGUCCCAACUGGACCUCCCGAGCGACCCGGCGAGCGUGGACGACGUAUUGCCAAAUGGGUUCUUGGAACGGACUUGUAAGUUGGGCUUGGUUUUUGGGCUGGUCCCACAAGCGAAGAUUUUGGCCCACCCAGCAAUCGGAGGGUUCGUGUCGCAUUGCGGUUGGAACUCGAUCUUGGAGAGCUUAUGGUACGGUGUACCGAUUGCCACGUGGCCGAUUUACGCAGAACAACAAAUGAACGCCUUUGAGAUGGUGAAGGAAUUGGGAUUGGCAAUUGAGAUUAGGUUGGAUUACAGGGAGGGUAGUGAUUUGGUGCUGGCGGAGGAGGUGGAGAGGAGCAUAAAGCACUUGAUGAACGGUGGUGAUGUGGUGAGGGCUAGGGUGAAGGAGAUGAGAGAGAAGAGUAGGAUGGUUUUGUUGGAGAAUGGAUCUUCAUACCAAGCGUUAGGGGCUUUAACUGAGAAAUUAGUGCCUAAGAUAUGAGCCCACCAGUCAAGCCCAAACGCUUUAGACCCAAACAGCAAAAUAUGAAAUAUUUCUCGGUCGGUCAUUAUUUCUGAGAAAAGAGGAAACUUGGAUGUGGAGGGAAAAGAAAGGAGAAGAAAAUGCCGGUGGCAAGACCUGAAACAUCUGAUUCCAGAGUCAUUGCUCAUGUAGACAUGGACUGCUUCUACGUUCAAGUGGAGCAAAGGAAACAACCAGAUUUAAGGGGCUUACCAACAGCAGUGGUACAGUAUAACGCAUGGAAAGGUGGGGCCUUGAUUGCUGUCAGCUAUGAGGCCCGAAAAUGUGGUGUUAAACGAUCGAUGAGAGGUGCUGAGUCAAAGCAAGUCUGCCCGCAAAUUCAGUUGGUCCAAGUCCCAGUAGCACGUGGUAAAGCUGACCUGAGCACAUACCGCAAUGCGGGCUCAGAGGUGGUUUCUAUUUUGUCAAGGAAGGGUCGAUGUGAGAGGGCUUCAAUUGACGAAGUGUAUCUUGACCUUACCGAUGCAGCAGAAACAAUGUUAGCUGAAGCUCCUCCAGAAAUCUUGGAAGUAAUUGAUGAGGAAGUUCUCAAGUCCCAUGUUUUGGGGCUCAAUAGUGAGGACGGCAGUGAUGCCAAAGAAAGUGUGAGAAAAUGGCUUUGCAGGAAUGAUGCUGAUCGCCGUGAUAAACUAUUAGCUUGUGGGGCAUUCAUUAUUGCAGAACUUAGGUUGCAAGUGUUGAAGGAGACAGAAUUUACCUGUUCUGCUGGCAUUGCUCAUAAUAAGAUACUGGCCAAACUUGCAAGUGGUAUGAAUAAACCUGCGCAACAAACUGUUGUUCCAUUCUCAUCUGUGAAAGGAUUGCUAGGGUCCUUGCCAAUUAAGAAAAUGAAACAGCUAGGAGGAAAACUGGGGGAUUCGUUACAAAGUGACCUGGGUGUUAACACUGUUGGUGAUCUAUUGCAGUUUUCAGAGGAAAAGCUACAAGAACGUUAUGGAGUCAAUACUGGUACCUGGUUAUGGAACAUUGCUAGAGGGAUAAGUGGGGAUGAAGUUGAGGGGCGCCUUCUUCCAAAGAGCCAUGGUUCUGGGAAGACAUUUCCUGGACCUCAGGCUUUGAAGACGAUUGCUUCUGUUCAACGUUGGCUCCAUGAACUUUGUGAGGAAUUAAGUGAACGCCUUCAAUUGGACUUGGACCAAAACAAAAGGAUUGCUCACACACUAGUGUUGCAUGCUACUGCAUACAAAGUCAGUGAUUCAGAUUCACACAAGAAGUUUCCUUCGAAGUCUUGUCCCCUAAGGUAUGGGACUGCCAAGAUACAAGAAGAUGCUCUUAGUCUUUUUCAAGCUGCAUUACGAGAAUACUUGGGUUCGUACACAGCCAAAAUUCAAGGAAGUCAGAACAACCAUUGGGGAAUAACAUCUCUUUCUGUUUCAGCUAGUAAAAUUGUUCCCAUACCAUCUGGAACAGCUUCAAUCACUAAAUACUUUCAUGGCCAUCCAUCCUGCUCUUCGACAAAGCAAUCACAGAAUAACCUCGUUGAAGAAGGUACUCCUGUGCCACCUUCAGGCAAUGAAAGCUACUCGGAGGUGAAUGUAACGAAGCCACAGAUUGAGUUCCCUGGUGAAGAAACCAUGAUCAAGUAUGCUGAGACUAGUUCUGAUCAACUGGAAGACAAAAUAGAUUUGUUGAAUGAUCAGAAUCCAUGUUGCUCUUCAAAAAAUCAGGCACGUGAUGAAUUCACCCAGGAAACUGUACCGGUAUCAACCUCAGGAAGCGAACACUGCUCAGGAAUGAAUCAAAACCAACCGAUGAAAAAUUAUUCCGGGGAAGAACCUUACGUUAAACUUUCCAUGCCUAGUCUCAAUAGACAGGAGCAGAAAAGAAAAGCAGUGAAAGACAAGGGAACGUGCUCAAUAUUAAGAUUCUUUAAGAAUCAAGAUCCAUCUUGUGCUCCACAAAAGCUAGAACAUGUUGAAAAUAUUGAAGAUGUCAAAGCACCACCACUAUCUCCUGGUAUUCAGUCUCGAAGUAAUAAUUGUUUGGAUCAUAAUCGAUCCGAGUUGCCAAAAGAAAGACCUUCUGAAGACGCUGGGAAUUCUAAUGUCUGUGGUUCAUUUCAAAUUGAACAAAGAAGGGGAGGAGCAUGGAGUUACAAUAUUGAUGAAAUUGACCCCUCAGUCAUUGACGAGUUACCACCAGAAAUUCAACAAGAAGUUCGUGCCUGGAUCAGGCCUCACAAGCGGCAUAACACGGUGAAACGGGGUUCUAGCAUUGCUCAUUAUUUCUUACCAACCAAGAACACAUAGCAAAUGAUAAGCUCUUGGGAGUGCCUUGUGUGUGUAUAUAUAUAUUUAUAUGUAUUAUAGUGCAGUUGUAACUUUGUAUCAUUCCUUGCGCCACAUCAGUUGCAGAAUCAAAACGCCUGCAUGAGCUGUAUGUUGUGGUGGAACUGAGCAAAGUGUAUUUGCAUUUGAGUUAUUUAUUACAAUAAGUUAUAACGUUGAUGCUUCUCUGAAACCAA